GGAGUUUGUGUCCGUAUUGCCCCCAGUCAGAGAGAGAGCGGAAAGCAGGCUGCAGCUCAGCUAACCCUCCAGUAAACUUUCCUCACUUCAUCACCUCCUGCAAUUGGACUCUGGGAUUAUUUGACGCGUUGGGGAAAGAGAGAAGGGGAGAGAGAAGGAACUUCACACUGUGCUCAGGAGCAAGAUGCUGCUGCCAGUUCCUGUCUGCCUCAGCUCCUGGACGGUGGCUAUGUUAGCAGCUCCCAUACCCUCAGCCACUCCAUGUGGGCACUGAACGUUACAGGACGCCCCCUGAUGCACCAAUGAUUUUGGCAGCACUACAGAGGCAUGUUACAAGCACGAUUCCUUAUUCUCCUUGUACCGUUGUCCAUGAAUUUUCAGGGAGCGUCCGUUGAAGUCCUAGAGAACACAGUGGAAAAGUGGAAAAGAUAUUCCGAUGAAUGUUUCCGAAACAUGUCCCGGACCUCACAGCCGAAAGGUGUGGUGUGUAACCGAACCUUUGAUAAGUACGCCUGCUGGCCCGACGGUCUCCCAAACACCAUUGUGAAUGUCUCCUGUCCCUGGUACUUACCCUGGUAUAAUACAGUGCAGGAUGGCUUUGUGUUCAGAAAGUGUGGACCUGACGGUAACUGGGUGAUGGACUCCAUUAGACAGCCCUGGAGGGACAGUAGCCAAUGCAAAGAUGACCCCAAGGAUGACCGAGCUCAGCAGGAACAGGGGAAGAUAUUACAUGGCUUCAAGAUAAUGUACACAGUGGGAUAUUCGCUGUCCUUAGGAACCUUAGUGUUGGCCCUGGGAAUUCUGGUGGGAUUUAGGAAGCUUCACUGUAUGAGGAACUACAUCCACAUGAACCUGUUUGCCUCAUUCAUCCUUCGAGCAGUCUCAAUCCUCAUUAAAGACGCUCUUUUCAAAACACAGUACAAACAAAUCACAGAGGAUGUUGACAUUAAAGUCUGGUUUAACAAUGAGACUGCAGCAGGUUGCAGAACAGCUCAAGUGCUCAUGCAGUACUGCAUCGGGGCAAAUUACUAUUGGCUGCUGAUUGAAGGGAUCUACUUACACAAUCUGCUGGUGAUCGCCGUCUUCUCUGAAAAGAGCUACUUUAAUAUUUAUUUAUGCAUCGGCUGGGGAGCACCGGUGUUAUUCGUUGUUCCCUGGGUGGUUGUCAAGUAUUUAUAUGAAAAUACUGGGUGUUGGACAACAAACGAGAAUAUGGCGUACUGGUGGAUUAUCCGCUCUCCUAUCCUGCUCUCUAUACUGAUCAAUUUCUUCAUUUUUAUCAGAAUUAUUCACAUUCUUGUGUCUAAACUCAGAGCUCACCAGAUGAGGUACACAGAUUAUAAAUUCAGACUGGCCAAGUCUACGCUGACUCUGAUCCCCUUGCUGGGGAUCCAUGAAGUGGUGUUUGCCUUUAUCACAGACGAACAUGCCCAGGGGACUCUCCGCCACGUCAAGCUCUUCUUUGACCUCUUUUUGAAUUCCUUUCAGGGUAUGCUGGUGGCCAUAUUGUACUGCUUUGUCAACAGAGAGGUCCAGUCGGAGCUCCUGAAGAAGUGGAAGAGAUGGAAGCUGGGCCAGGACAUUGAGGAAGAGUACAGACACACUUAUAGCCAGCCUGCCCAGGCAAGGAAUGGCAGUGCCAACCUGGAGAAACACAAGUUGGUCAGCAACUAUCACAACGGGACAGGUGAGGUCUCCCAGCACACCGUGGGACCCCCGGCCCAAUUCACUGAAAAGCCCGAGUCGUCAUCUGAACAAAUAACAUUGAAGGGAAAGCCCCCCUACUUUGAGUGCCCGAAACAAACAGACCACAAAGCUUUCUGUCUGCUGGAGAGUCAUUGUUAGAUGCACCAUCACCCCCAGGUUUCUGAUGGGACAGACAAGGAGGAGGUGACUGGGAGCCCAAGGCAAGACUUUGAAAAUCGCCGAAUCUGGAGCCGAAAGCCGAGAGGAGCUCACCCACCAUGAUUCCACCAAAAUGCUUGAUGGGUUUUUUUUUUGUCAGGGGACUUGGGUCAUGUCCAUUUUGACUUCAUCCUGUUUUCAGAGCAAUGUUCCUGCUACACGUGUGCCUGCCUCCGGGCUGACACUCACAGGACUCUUACUUUUUUUUCAAAAACAAACAUGUUGCAGUAAUAAAACAAUUCAGGCGACAGUGAA